AUGGCUGACUGCAGGAAGCUCCGGUUGCCCUCUAGUGGUUUCUUAGCAACGGUUGCCAAGCAGUCAGGGAUUGUUUAAACAGAAGUUGUUUCUCACACAAGCCGCCAGCCUCCUGCCCCAAGGGAACCCCAAGAUGUCGGAGAGUCCAGCACAGGGAACAUCCUCCGACCCCCAAACCUGCGACUUCUACAGGGUGAGUGAGUCUCUGCCCCCCAAGUUCAACCAACCAGAGACGUGGAGACGGGGGUACAGACCCAAGACUGACAACCCUUUAUACAGAACCUCUAACCAGAUAUACGGGAGCCGACCCCCCACGGUCCAUGAAAUGCCGACGACGUUUAACGGCAUCUCGGACAAAUUUUCGGAGACAGCGGUGAAAUGCGGCAUGUACCGGAACCAUGGGUUCAACACGUCCACGGAGAGGAGCUACGUGAGUGGGCCGGACAAUCUCAUCACCGCCGCCGAUAGGCUGAAUUUCCACCGGAGCUACAAACUCAUGGGCCCCUCCCACUGAAUGGGAUUAUGUAGGAUAUUAUAUAUCUAGAUACUUUGUCACCAUCUUUUCUAUGUCGGCUACAUUUUCCCUAUAUCUGUGGGUUUAGGAUCCAUUAGCGGCUCCAGAUCUGAUUAAGCCCCGCCCCCCAUUAGCGGCUCCAGAUCUGAUUAAGCCCCGUCCCCCCAUUUGCGGCUCCAGAUCUGAUUAAGCCCCGCCCCCCAUUAGCGGCUCCAGAUCUGAUUAAGCCCCACCCCCCCAUUAGCGGCUCCAGAUCUGAUUAAGCCCUGCCCCCCCAUUAGCGGCUCCAGAUCUGAUUAAGCCCCGUCCCCCCAUUAGCGGCUCCAGAUCUGAUUAAGCCCCGUCCCCCCAUUAGCGGCUCCAGAUCUGAUUAAGCCCCACCCCCCAUUAGCGGCUCCAGAUCUGAUUAAGCCCCGUCCCCCCAUUAGCGGCUCCAGAUCUGAUUAAGCCCCGUCCCCCCAUUAACGGCUCCAGAUCUGAUUAAGCCCCGUCCCCCCAUUAGCGGCUCCAGAUCUGAUUAAGCCCCAACCCCCCAUUAGCGGCUCCAGAUCUGAUUAAGCCCCGUCCCCCCAUUAACGGCUCCAGAUCUGAUUAAGCCCCGUCCCCCCAUUAGCGGCUCCAGAUCUGAUUAAGCCCCAACCCCCCAUUAGCGGCUCCAGAUCUGAUUAAGCCCCGUCCCCCCAUUAACGGCUCCAGAUCUGAUUAAGCCCCGUUCCCCCAUUAGCGGCUCCAGAUCUGAUUAAGCCCUGCCCCCCCAUUAGCGGCUCCAGAUCUGAUUAAGCCCCGUCCCCCCAUUAGCGGCUCCAGAUCUGAUUAAGCCCCGUCCCCCCAUUAGCGGCUCCAGAUCUGAUUAAGCCCCUCCCCCCAUUAGCGGCUCCAGAUCUGAUUAAGCCCCAACCCCCCAUUAGCGUCUCCAGAUCUGAUUAAGCCCCGUCCCCCCAUUAACGGCUCCAGAUCUGAUUAAGCCCCGUUCCCCCAUUAGCGGCUCCAGAUCUGAUUAAGCCCCGUUCCCCCAUUAGCGGCUCCAGAUCUGAUUAAGCCCCGUCCCCCCAUUAGCGGCUCCAGAUCUGAUUAAGCCCCGCCCCCCAUUAGCGGCUCCAGGUCUGAUUAAGCCCCGUUCCCCCAUUAGCGGCUCCAGGUCUGAUUAAGCCCCGUUCCCCCAUUAGCGGCUCCAGAUCUGAUUAAGCCCCGUCCCCCCAUUAGCGGCUCCAGAUCUGAUUAAGCUCCGCCCCCCCAUUAGCGGCUCCAGAUCUGAUUAAGCCCCGCCCCCUCCCAUUGUUAACCAUCACUCUGGGCUCUAUUUAAUGCCCUUUCUCUGUAUAUUUGUAUAGGGACAAUGAAGAGAUGGGGGGGGUCAGACAUAGAAACCAACACAAAACCUUUAUUGGAAGGAAACAUCUUUUUUUAUCCAAUUAACAGACAGAAUUUCCCUCUCCAAAAUGUAAUUUUUUUUUUAGUAAAACUGUUAGAAAAAAGCAAAAUUGAAUAAAGAGCGGAAUUUGA